CCUCCUCAAUGAACGUUGGAAAGAUGGCGACGGCAUACGCACAAGCGAGAGUCAACUGUGCCGGCGGAUAGAAAGUGCUCCAAAGAGACACAAACGCACCACCUUUGCAGAGAUCUAUCAGUGCAAAGUGCAUCUGGACUCGCUCAGACAUGGUAUAGCCCAUGCACGGCUAGGAACAAGAAGCCACCGCUUUGCUAUGGAGCCUCCAGACCGUAACAAGCCGAGCAGGCAGGCCAAGCGAGUGGAAGAUGCUUCCCAACAGAAGUCUGAGGUGGAUGAAUCCUGGGAUCCUCCCAGCGAAGAAGAUGAGGCCCUGUAUAACCCAUCACCUCCUUGUACCCCCCGUCAGAUGAAACGCAUGUCUGGAAAACACCAAAGAAACAGCCAGACGAGAAGUGCCGGUCGGUCUCCAAACAAGGCGGACGUCAACCUAACCGUCCCGAGAGAGACUCCAAAGCCAGCAGAGACCCCCGAGGACAAGAAGAACAAGAAGCACAGGGCCACGCUGCGCUCCACUGAGAGAGACCACAAGAAGAUCAUCGAAGGCUCGUUCAUGCUGGAUCCACUCUCAAAGUCGAGCCCUUUUGCCGUCAACAUGGAUCCCAGGAAGCAUUACUUGAGCUUGGGCUGCAGCAGCGGCAAACUUCCUGUGUCCGUGCCCCUUAUUGCCCGAACUCACCGCCAGACCUCCAGGACAGACUGUCCUGCUGACCGUCUCAAGUUCUUUGAAACUCUGCGGCUGCUGCUCAAGCUCACAUCUAUGUCCUCCAAGAGGAAGGAGAAGGAGCAGAGAGGCCUGGAGAACAUGCCCUUCAUGCUUCACAACACUGAGUUCAUCUGGUUGGAACUACAGGCAUGGCAUGCACGGCGUUCCACCGGCGACCAGGAUCUGUUUCUUUUCACUGCCCGCCAAGCUAUCCCUGACAUCAUCAAUGACGUGUUGCAUUUUAAGGUCAACUAUGAUAGCCUGAGGGGCGCUCAGUGUUUGGGGUCACAAAUAAUGCAGGGGGACUAUCAGAGUGUCCCAGAUCUAGUCUGUGGAGAGGAGAGGCCUGCUGUAGCAGAGACCAACCACUGUGGAGUAGAUCCCUGGGGCUUCAGUGCCAGCCCCUCAUCAGCGAUGAAUGCAGCGGAGCCGCUAGGCUCUGGCACUGAUUGCAGGGAUCACCUUCAACGCCAGCGACUCGCCUUCGAGCAGGUCAAGCAUGUUAUGGGAUUAUUGGAGUCUGUGGAAGCUCUGUACCCCUCUUUGCAGGCCUUACAGAGAGACUAUGAAAAGUAUGCAGAACGAGACUUUCAGGGCAGGGUGCAGGCGCUCUGUCUGUGGCUCAACAUCACCCAGGACCUCAAUCAGAAGCUGCGUGUUAUGGCCACUGUGUUGGGCCUUCAUGAUCUAUCCCGUAUCGGGUGGCCUGUCUUUGAGAUCCCUUCGCCCCGCUGCUCCCGUGGAAAUGAAGAAGAAGAGAACGAGGAAGAUGAGAAUGACUCGACAGCCACUUUUACGGCUGAAAGCGAUGGGGAGGACAGGGACGCUGAGGAGGAGGAGGAGGAGGAGGAGGAGGAGGAAGGAGUACCGGUGUCUGUAGUAGAGGGAGAGCUGUCUCCCAACCUGACUCGUACAUUUGCCCGAAUGUGUUCAGAAGAGUUUCUCCCAGCCGCUACUUCAGGAAGCGUAGAAGCGUCUGUCAGUGGAGGAGUAUUCUGCCCCACAGCCAUCUACAGACCAUUUGUGGAUAAAGCUCUGAAACAGAUGGGACUGCGUAAACUGAUCCUCAGACUGCACAAGCUGAUGGAUCGCUCUCUUCAGCGGUCCAGAGCUGCGCUGCUCCAACACACUCCUGCACUGGAGUUCGCAGACUUCCCGGACCCCAUGCUCUACAGCGACUACCUGCCAGAGCUGUCGCGCCACUUAUCCUGCAGCCAUCCCACAGAUCCAAAGCUCGGAGCCGACCAGGUGUCCUGGAAGGACCUGAUAGAGAUGGAUCUCCCAUCCUUCCGGCCAGCCUUCCUCGUAUUGUGCAGAGUCCUCCUCAACGUCAUUCACGAAUGCCUUAAACUACGACUUGAACAGAGGCCCGCUGGAGAGCCGUCGCUGCUCAGCAUCAAACAGUUGGUGCGCGAGUGCAAAGAGGUCCUUAAAGGUGGUCUUCUCAUGAAGCAGUAUUAUCAGUUCAUGCUGCGCGGCGUGGUGACUGAUGCUCAGGGCUUGCAAACAAACGCCAACAUUGAUGAGUUUGAAGAAGACCUUCACAAGAUGUUGGUGGUUUACUUUGACUACAUGCAUAGUUGGAUCCAGAUGUUGCAGCAGCUGCCUCAGGCCUCUCACAGCUUAAAGAACCUGUUGGAGGAAGAGUGGAACUUCACCAAAGUCAUCACUCCUUACAUCCGAGGAGGGGAGGCCCAGUCGGGGAAGCUGUUCUGUGACAUUGCUGGGAUGUUACUCAAAUCCACUGGAGAGUUCCUUGAUGCCGGUCUCCAAAAGAGUGGCAAUGAAUUCUGGGAAAGUGCAGAUGACAGUACUGCCUCAGAUGAGAUCAGGCGGUCGGUUAUCGAGACGAGCCGGUCGCUUAAAGAGCUGUUCCACGAGGCCCGAGAGCGAGCGUCAAAGGCUCUGGGCUUUGCCAAAAUGCUUCGCAAGGACUUAGAAGUUGCUGCAGAUUUCCGUAUCACUAACGGGGUGACUUGUCUCCUGGAGGCACUGAAGAAGGGAAACUAUGUCAAAGUUCAAAUUCCAGGCUUGGAAGAGCUCCAGGUUUUUGUCCCCUCUGGUAUAUUGGGCCAGCGCUCUCUCAUCCUGCAGCUUCUCAAUGCUGCUGCUGGCAAAGACUGUUCCAAAGAGCCAGAUGAAAUUGCAGAAGACGAGGCCUACCUGCUCAUGAGCAAACACAGAGCCGGGGAUCCAAGCACUGAUUCUGACUGGGCGCAGUGGGACGGAAAGCUUCUCAAACUGGUCCCACAGAUGGAAACUGUCGACACUCUAAGAGCCAUGAAGGUGGAGAACAUGCUCUUGAUAGUGAUGCAGUCGGCUCAUCUGGUGGCCCAGCGGAAAGCCUUUCAGCAGAGCAUGGAGGAUGUGCUCACUCUUAGCCGGGAGCAAACAUCGAGUCAGCCUCUCAUCGCAAGCGCUUUGGAAGAACUCAAGGAUGAGGCUCUACAGCUAUGCAUUAAGAUCAGCACUGCCAUUGACCGAGUGGAGUACAUGUUCACCGAAGAGUUUGAAGCAGAGGUGGACGAGUCUGAGUCAGCCACUCUGCACCAGUACUACAGGGAGGCGAUGAUACAGGGCUACAACUUCGCCUUCGAGUAUCACAAGGAGGUGGUGCGUCUGAUGUCAGGGGAGUACAGGCAGAGGAUCGGGGAACGCUACAUAGCAUUUGCCCGGAAAUGGAUGACCUAUGUCCUAACCAAAUGUGAGAGUGGUAGGGGCACCAAGCCCAGAUGGGCGACUCAGGGUUUUGACUUUCUUCAGGCCAUCGAACCUGCCUUUAUAUCAGCGUUACCAGAGGAUGACUUCCUGAACCUGCAAGCGCUGAUGAAUGAAUGUAUUGGACAUGUGAUCGGAAAACCUCAUAGCCCGGUCACUGGUCUGUACAUCGCUCCCAGGAAUAGUCCUCGUCCUGUAAAAGUCCCUCGCUGCCACAGUGACCCACCGAACCCCAACUUGUUUAUCCCUAAUGCUGAAGGUUUUAGCUCUCGAAGUCUCCCCUGCGAUCUCCGGAACCAGCUGUUCCCCAACGGCAAUCGCUCUGUCCCUCAGGGCUCAGGGGAACACAGCCACACCAAAGCACCCGGCAGCACCCCCAAUGACGUCAGGGGAUCCAGUUACCAUGAGAAUGACCGCAUGUCUUCAGUGGCAUCAGAGUUCAAAUCGCUGAGCCGGCAUUCCAGCCCCACAGAGGACCGAGAGGAACCCUCGUAUCCCAAGGGAGACCCCAACAGUGCUGCACGCCGAAGCUGGGAGCUCCGCACCUUCAUCAGUCAGUCCAAGGACACAGCAGCACGGCAGAGCCCCAUGGAGGCCGUCCGGCGCUCGAUACGCAAGUUCGAGGACAAGCGCUACGCUAUGAUGAAACAGCGCAACAUCAUCGGUCAAGUGUGUCACACACCCAAGUCGUAUGACAACGUCAUGCAUGUUGGGCUCAGGAAGGUCACCUUCAAGUGGCAAAGGGGCAAUAAGAUAGGUGAAGGCCAGUAUGGGAAGGUGUACACCUGCAUUAAUGUUGACACUGGAGAACUAAUGGCCAUGAAGGAGAUCCGAUUCCAGCCAAACGAUCACAAGACAAUCAAGGAAACAGCAGAUGAGCUGAAAAUAUUUGAAGGCAUUAAACACCCGAACCUGGUGCGAUACUUUGGAGUUGAGCUCCAUCGGGAGGAAAUGUACAUCUUCAUGGAGUACUGCGACGAGGGCACCUUGGAGGAGGUGUCCAGACUGGGGCUGCAGGAGCACGUCAUCAGGCUCUACAGCAAACAGAUCACUACAGCCAUCAAUGUCCUCCACGAACACGGCAUUGUCCACCGCGAUAUCAAGGGAGCCAACAUCUUUUUGACUUCGUCCGGCCUCAUCAAGUUGGGUGACUUUGGCUGCUCAGUCAAGUUGAGGAACAACACUCAUACCAUGCCAGGCGAGGUGAACAGCACACUUGGAACAGCCGCAUAUAUGGCUCCUGAAGUCAUCACCAGAGCUAAAGGAGAAGGCCACGGCCGAGCAGCAGACAUUUGGAGUUUGGGCUGCGUUCUUAUUGAGAUGGUGACUGGAAAGAGGCCCUGGCAUGAGUACGAGCACAACUUCCAGAUCAUGUACAAAGUGGGCAUGGGUCACAAGCCCCCCAUCCCCGAGAAGCUGAGCACAGAGGGGAAGGACUUCCUCGGUCACUGUCUGGAGAGUGAACCCAAGCGGCGCUGGACAGCUAGCAUGUUGCUAGACCACCCGUUUGUUAAGGUUUGCACGGAUGAAGAGUGAAUGGAACCUCCUCUGUGGCUCUAACGUUUACAAAUUAAAGCACUACUGUACAUGCUGUGGGCAAACAGAAAAAGAACUGUGGACGCGGAGCAGAGGGCGUGACGGCUGGAGGCACAUGGAGUUUAAACUGAGGAACUAAUACAAUAUCAUUUCAGAGGACAACUGGAUCUAUGGAGUGUAAAGUUGUUGUGUCUUUAUGUAUCCAUGGGGACGGGGCGGGACUGUACAUACUGUAAGAAUAGGAUUGGCUUUAAUUCAUGUAUAAACAAUAUUGUAAAGUUAAAGUAACUAUUGCCACAUUUGUUUGUUCUCACUGGUGAAGAGACCUCUGAAAAGGCAUUGAGGAAUACUUAUUUUUUGUUGUUUUUAUCGAACGGGAAGGGGAUGGGGGGAGGGGGGUGGAUCUAUAGCACUUUUAAACUGUUUACCCAAGGGGGCAGUUGAGUAGAGGAGGGAAGAGUCUUAUUUCAGUCACUCUUUGAGGCUGGAAAAAGGUGUGGUAAACCUCAGCGAAUGGAAGGAGAAACAAAUACCAUCCAAAUAUUCAAACCAAUUUAUCACUUGUCAUUUAGCAAGCGUGGGCGCUAGGAAAGUUUUUUUUUUUUUUUUAAUGUGGUUUUCUUUGCCUUUGCUGAGGAGAAAAAGUCAAGUUGGAGGAAUGUUCUAGUCUACCGGUCGCCACCGUUGGUGUGACCGGAGCGUAGCCGACUUAAGAGGAGAAACGGGGCCUGCUCUCCCUCCCUGCUGCUGAACACGAAAAAACAAUCCACCAAACAGACACUGACACACACACACACACCACAACUUCUGAUCCUCUGCUGCUCUUACAGUGUUUGCUAUGUACAAACAAUAUUAAUAAACCAAUCGUUUUUUUUAAAAAAAAAAA